AUGAAGAUCAUGAAAACAAAAUAUCUAAACGCGGCUGAACUUCUUCGUUUUAGUUCUGGAUUUGGAUGGGAUUCAACCACAAAAAGGUUUACAGCUUCAAAAGAAGUAUGGGCUGAAUAUCUAAAGGCACAUCCAAAGUUCAAAAAGUUUCGUGAUGAAACAUUUGAAGAAUUUGAUGAUCUCAAACUUAUAUUUGACAAGAAUAUAGCGACGGGUACGAAUGCUAUUGGUUUAGGUGAAACUACUGAUGCACAAACAGUUAGAGUUGCAGAAACAGAAAAGGAGCAAGCAAAUUGUGGUGAAGGUCCUUCAGACGAUGAUUUGGAAAAGCUUCCUUUAAGAAAGAGACAAAAAACUAGUCCUCUUAACAAAGGUGAUGAUCUGUUUACUCAAAAAGAAAGUGUAGAAGAAGCUGACGAGCUGAAUACUUUGACAACCAUCACUCAGAAACUCUUCAAUUUGAUAGAAGAAAGAGAGACAAGACAAAAACAAGAAGCUGAGCAAAGAGAAGCAGAGAAAAAGAAAAAUAAUCUAUGGGAAGCAGUCAAAGAAGUUUCUGAUUUGGAAGAACAUGUACGUUUUGAUGCCGUUAAGUUGAUCAAUCAAUUAGGAAUGAAAGACGUAUUCAUUAGCAUGUCUGUUGAUGAACGUUACGGAUGGAUUAAGCAUAACGUGAUAGGAUUUUGA